GAGGGGGAGAGCCAGGAGGUUGGAGAGAAUGAAGUCAGGGGGAGGAUACAUGGAAAUCAUUGAUUCAGAAAAUCUGGAAGAAACAACUGAAUUUGAGAGAUUAACCCAGUUAAAGACAGGCUGCAAGGAGAGACAGACAGACUGCAAGGAGAGACAGGCUGACUGCAAGGAGAGACAGGCUGACUGCAAGGAGAGACAGGCAGGCUGCAUACAGAGAGACAGGCUGACUGCAAGGAGAGACAGGCAGGCUGCAUACAGAGAGACAGGCUGACUGCAAGGAGAGACAGACAGACUGCAGGUGACAGACAGGCUCAAGGAGAGACAGACAGACUGCAGGUGGCAGACAGACAUGUCUCUUUCAGACAUUAGGAGGGUUCUGAUUAGUGACAGUCUCGCCCCAGCCUGUGCCAGUAUCCUGCACUCUCAGGGGGGCAUUGAAGUGACAGAGUGCCCAGGUCUGAGCCAUCAGGAGCUGCUAUCAAAGAUCCAGGACUACGAUGGGCUCAUCGUGCGUUCAGCGACCAAGGUCACCUCUGAGGUCCUGAGUGCUGGCUCCAGGCUGAAGGUCGUAGGGCGCGCAGGAACAGGGGUGGACAACGUGGAUGUGGAUUCUGCUACCAAGAAUGGGAUUAUCGUGAUGAACACUCCCAUGGGAAACAGCAUUAGUGCUGCAGAGUUGACAUGUGGACUCAUACUCAGUCUGUCCAGGCAAAUCCCACAGGCUGCAGGGUCCAUGAGAGAAGGACGCUGGGACCGGAAAAAGUUCAUGGGCUCCGAGUUACAUGGGAAAACCUUGGGAAUUCUGGGACUGGGCCGCAUUGGCAAGGAAGUUGCUGUCCGCAUGCAGUCAUUUCAGAUGAAGACAAUCGGUUAUGAUCCAGUGAUCCCCCCGGAGGUGACCGCUCAAUUUGGAGUGCAGCAGUUUCCUUUGGAAGAGAUUUGGACACAAUGCGAUUAUAUUACUGUGCACACUCCCCUCCUUCCAUCCACCACAGGGCUGAUCAAUGAUGCUGCGUUCUCCAAAUGCAAACGUGGAGUAAAAGUUAUAAACUGCGCACGAGGAGGGAUUAUUGAUGAAGCUGCGUUAGUGCGAGCACUAGAAAGUGGGCAGUGUGGAGGGGCAGGACUUGAUGUUUUCACUGAGGAACCCCCUCGAGACCCAGUUCUAAUUAAUCACCCGCUAGUGAUCAGCUUACCCCACCUGGGAGCCAGCACACACGAAGCUCAGAAUCGAUGCGGAGAGGAGAUCGCGUAUCAGAUUGUGGAUCUAGUUAAAGAGAGAGCACUUAUUGGGGCGGUCAAUGCCGCUGCGCUCUCCAAAGCAUUCUCCCCAAAGACCAAACCAUGGAUCCAGCUGGGGGAGUCUCUGGGUAUCAUUAUCCAAAACCUUGUACCCCAAAUCAGUGGCCAAAUCUUAGUAACAACUACAGGUGAAGACUUGAAAGAAGCCGGUUCCUAUUUGUGUGCUGCGGUGACCAUCGGACUCCUACGCGAUACAAAGAGAAAGAUUAAUUUGGUUAAUUCAGUCCUCUUUGCCAAAGACACUGGGAUCCAGAUCAGUUCUCAUCAUUCCACUAACUCUGAAGAGGCAACGUUGAUGAUAUCUGGUGGUGGUCUUGAAUUGGUGGGUGGGCUGAGUGGCCCUUUCCCUUGCCUCUGGAAGAUUGGAUCCUCAAAAUUCCACAGCCCUAUAUCUCUCCAAGGAACCCUUAUUGUGUGGAAGGGAGCAGCUCCACUCCCGAAACUUGUAGAGGUUCUGUCUGAGGCCGGCGGCCAUCUGGAAUCCUUCCACGCAUCCGAAGGACACAGUGUUGCUGGAAUAUCAGUCCCUGUCUUGGAUCUGUCUCUCCUGGGAACCUGCACACAGCUCUCUUUCUGAACCUCCUACGUGUUAGCUGUACAUUUUA